AUGCCCAAACUCUUGCUCUGCGGCGCCGUGCAGGGCCAUUGGGAGCUGCUCUUCGAGCGCGUGCGCAAGCUGAAUGCCGCGGCAAAGGACAACCCGUUCGAGGCGUUACUGUGCGUGAGCUGCUGCUUUCCUCUGCCGGCCGACUACGUGACAGGGGGCAGCAAACACGUGCCGCUGCCCACGUAUUUCCUGCCAGCGCACGAGAGCGCGCGGUCGUGGGCAGACGAUGCCGUCCAGACGAAGCUCUUUGACACAGUGAGUGCAGCAGAGCAGCCGUCGUGUCCUCUGGAGGUCGGUGAGGGCUUUUUCUGCCUUGCUGGGGCUGGCGUUGCUACGAUUGCAGGGAUGAAGGUGGUCUAUGUCUCGGGUACAGAAGCCGCCAGUCAAGAGCAGGAGAAAGGAACGCUGUUGACGUAUUCGAAGGCGUCGAUCGGUGGACUGGUGCAGCAGCUUCUUGUUGAUGAUGGAGAGGGCCAGAGGGAUGUGGACUUUUUGAUCACAGCGGAGUACCCGACGAGCUUCCAGCUUUUGCUGCCCGAGCAGCAGCUGCCUCAUGGCGUACAAGCGAUGCGGGGAAGUGUAGCACUUCGAGAGAUUGUGCGGCACGUGCAUCCAAAGUAUCACAUCACGAGUCGCGGAGGAGAUGGCAGUCGCGGGGACGUCUUCUACCAGCGUCUACCGUAUGUGAGUGAAGUGGUCGGGACCGGCCGCAAGCGAAUAACGCGACUCAUUGGUCUCAGUGGCGUGAACACAACCAAAGACAAGACCCGCAAGUAUCUGCACGCGCUGCAGGUCGUGCCGUUCGCCCACCAGAGCACAGAAGAGGGCCAGCACGUGGACAUUCCGGCUGGCACUACGCAAAACCCCUACCUCCACGCAUUGGUCGACGAAGCGACCUCAUGGACUCGGGAACCUGAUGCAAAGAGAAGAAAAGUCGAUCCUGCCGCGACGGGAGGUCUCUCUGCACAACAGAUCGAACAGCUUUGCGCGAAAAGCGCAGGCGGUGCGCAGUUUUUCUACGACCAAAGGCUUGCGGCAAAAGGCCAACGAAAGGGUGGGCUACUGCAAAGCCACGACACACCGCAACAGCGAAGGAGCAAUAGGUCGGCGGUGCCGGAGCGCAGCGAGUGCUGGUUUUGUCUCUCGACGCCGACGUUGGAGCGGCAUUUGAUCGUAAGUAUCGGUCAAGAAGCUUACCUUGCCAUGCCCAAGGGCGCUAUAUGCGCCGACCACGUGCUGAUCGUUCCAAUUGCACACGAAGGGUCCACGCUGACCCUCAGCGAGGCCACGUGGUGUGAGAUGGAGCGAUUCAAAGAGGCGCUGCGUCGCUACUUUGCUUCGCAAGACAAAGAGCUGCUGGUGAUUGACCGCAACGUGGCCACGCUGGGAGCCACGCACUGUCACUUGCAGGUCAUCGGUGUGCCGAAAGCAAAGGCUGUCGCUGCGCGUAGUAUCUUUGACACUGAAGGCGAAAAGUAUCGCGUCAAGUUCGAAGAACUGUCGAUGCCUACUGUUGACACGGACGCCGGCAGUGGCGCGUCGACGGGUCCUCUGCGGCUGCUGCGUGAACAUGCCAACGACAAGUCGUUCCUGUACGCGGAAGUGCCAAACGGCCAGGGCGGGGCGACACACUUGCUGCACCACGUGGACGGGAAGCACUACGUACAGUUUGGUCGGCACGCCGCGUCGUGUUUGCUGGAGAUGCCGCGUCGCGCUAAUUGGAAGUUCUGCGUCGUAACGAAGUCGGAGGAGGAGAAGCUCGCGCAGGCGUUCAAGAGGCAGUGGAAGGUGUACGACUUCACGCUAGAGACGGAUGCAGACAGCGAAUAA